AUGACGAGCGAAAAUCAUCCUGUAUCCCCUCCUCCCGGAUGGACAAUGGACCCAGAAGAGCUUGACUACGAGGCUUGGGAAAUGCACCCCUAUCAUGUGCGAUCCCCAGGGGGAGGUCUUAUCUUUGAGGGGAGUGGGAAAUACUAUAAGGUCGACCAGAUGUCUGGUGAGGUGGUCCAUAUUAUUUUACCGGAGAACCUUGGUGAAAUCGUUGCUGUUCUGGAUGAUGAGUUCGACUCUGUUGCGCCUAUCCCCGUCCCGGAAGAUCUUAGACUCUGGCUAGAAAAGUCAGACCGCGCUCAUGGCGCCAGCUCCUCAAACGAAGCUAGCAUCCGUUGCAAGCUCAAUCUCCUCCUUGUCUGCGCUCACGAUCUAGUAUCGUCGUCUUCAAACAAAUUCUCGAGACCCUUAAACAUUCAGUUGGAACGUACAUAG